AUCACUAACGCGGUUUAACAAUGACCCAGUUCUGCAGCAAUGAACUCGAGAGUGAAUCUUGCUGGCCCCAUCGUUCAGGACUGUGGUUAUACCAGCAAGGUCAAUGGAGUUUAAUCUGGAGCUUGAAGUAAUCGACUCGGGAAAGCAACUUAACAUCACCUUAUCGGCCCCCUAAUUAUGUCUUUCAUGUGUUACGGACUUGCUUCUGAGGGGUCACCUUGCAGCAACCUGAAGUUGCUUGCAGUUUGUGUCCGGUUAUUGCGCUGGUUUGGCCACGGGAUUAUUUAAACGCUUCUAACGCAUCCGCGCAGCAUAUAAUCUUCCACACGUCCCCUUCGCUCGCGCUACUCACGAAGGUGGGCCAUGUCGUUCCUCUUCUCUCGCGUUUGGUCGUCCUCCUCGAAAGACGACCAUGACGACGAUCAUACAGGAGCCCCGAGCUCGAGCGCAUACCAUGCUCCCAAUCAUUUGUAUUGGAGUAACAGUAGUACGCUGCACCUAAAUACCGCCAUGGUCAGCGCGCCGAUACAGAAACCAUCUCCGGUAUCCCUCACCGGUUUUGAUGACCACUGGCAGCAGCGAAAAAACCAACCCUCUACUGUUGCUUGGUUGAGCACAACAGAUGAUAAUGGCGAACAGAUAGUCACCAGUCUCCCUAUCGUACCGCCUCCUGCAGUACAGAAAUCUCGGCUAGGAGGUACACAUAUUCAUCCUAUUAGUCGGACUGUAUCGUCACCAGCUACGUCUCCGUCUUAUUCGUCUCCGUCUUAUUCGUCUCCGUCUCCGUCUCCGUCCACUUCCUCCCCCUCUCCUUCGUCCGGUACCAAAUUGGUUCCACCGAGAUUGCAGAUGAACCGAGCCUCAACUCGCAGUACUCAGUCUCUCCGUCUCGACUCCACCACACACGACAGAUAUGGCAAGAAGCAAUUGUCGCCUAUCGCUGAGCAAGACUAUUUCUCUCCCGAGUCGCUACGGAGGAGCAUCCCCCUGCCCUCCAUCUCCGCCGAACUAACACCGGUAAGCCCAACUACAAAUCAUAGUCACAACACAAGUGGUUCGGACAUUACUCGCCCUUCGCCUGUAUACUCCAGUCCAUUCAUCCUGCGUCCUCUAAACAGGACCGGAUCUCAGUCAUCUUCUCGUACCCAUAUCUCGACAACGCAGUCUGAGACGCCGCCAAGCAUUCCUCCCUUAGACUUGCGUCCACCAUUCCCAGGUCCUCAUCCCAGUCAUGACGGAGAUGGACCAGCGCUACGACCGAGGAAGUCAUUGAAUUUCAUACACAUGCCAACGAUUGGCAGCGAGGAGGAAGGACCAUCAGGGAGCGAGUAUGGUGGUGAAAGUGAUAUUGCUUCCCUCCACGCGGACAGUUUUGUCACAGCCAGCGAUUCAUUACACGAGCGCAGUUCAUCUAGUUAUGAUGCAGGACCCGUUCCUUUUGCGGACCGGGACUCCAAACCUGAUGAGUUCCCAAGUCUCACGACGGUUGACAGUGCCGACCCGCCUCGAUCUCCCCCAUCCGCUUCGGAAUCCUUCAUCGCCCGCCGCUGGGACCGUUUCGCCUCCUUAUACGCCGGCCCAAUCACAUUCGAAACCAAACCUAGCCGUCUGUCCCUCUCACCUGCUUGUUGGGCGUUCUGGCUAGGUUUCCUCUGCCCCUUCCUCUGGCUCGUGGGCGGGUGGCAUUUUACCAACUUUGGUGAGCAGCCCCCCAGGUUAACAUUUUGCGACUUUUACUUCAACAUUGGGUAUUGGAAGGUCGUGUACUUUUGCCAUGGAAGAAGACGGGAGAAGAAGGGCAAGGAGUGCGUGCUGCCGCGGUGGGUGGAGGAGAAGAGCGAGCAGUCGAACGAGGUAGCGAGAAUGAAUGAUGCGAGGCGUUCGAGAAGGGGGUUCUUGUUUGGCUAUCCGUUCGUUCCGCGACCUACGGUGCCGAGUGGACGACGGCAGGGUUCGUUUCGGUGUUGUUGGGAUAUGGGGGUGAAGACGUUUUCGAAGCCUAAUUGGUUCCUUGAUCACUUCUAUGGCAUCAGAUUGAGUGAGGUCAAGGGGAGGAAAGAGACUGGACGGAGGAUGAUUGAUCCAUGGAUUCAGCGGUGCAGGUACGCUUUUUGCUACCUGGUUGUUUUAUUCUUCGCUGGACUGCUUGCUGGCGCUAUUUAUCUCCUCGUCAUAAACACAAAGGGACUUCGGUAGUAUUUGAUGUAACAAGAAUAUGCAUUCCGUAUGGUGCAUACGCAAAUUAUAUGUAGGCAGAAAUACAUGUUAAAGCCAAGUUGUCACAAUAAAAAUCACCGCUAUCGUCUCUAGUGAGGUAUCUACUGGGAGGCUGUCGGUAGAGGUUUGCUUCAUAACAAAUCAAACCGGUUUGGGUGUACUAUUAAUCAUCAUGAUGGC